CGUUUUUAUUUGUAUGAGUCUCCACUGUUUAUCUUAUAAGUUUUUCAUUUGUCUUAAUUUCUUCAUCUAUUUUAAUUUGUGUUUAUUAUUUUUGAUUGCUUGGACAUUAUUUUUAUUGGUAUUACCAUCCAGUCUUGUCUAUAAUGAGUCAACUACAAGAACUUCAAAAUGGCAUUUUUGAAAGUCUUGAGGGGCUCUCCUUCAAUGAAUACGUUGUCAACCGAAAAGAAUGUAAAAAUUUUAUCCUCAAAAGGGAAUUAUUUGGAAAGCCGGACCAUAAGGCAUUUGAAAUCAUCAUGAUCUUUCUCGUCAGAUGCUUAAAAAAUUCACAAGUUUUGCAACAAUAUCGGUAUUGUUAUCCUUGCUUGGAUAAAAAUCAAGAAGCCGAGUUCAGAAAAGUUACAAUUGAAUUUCUGAAAUCACUUGAAAAGAUUGAUGGCAGUUUAAAGUUCACUCCUAUCUAUGCGGUUCAACCUGGAGGUGAAGCAUUUUGCUCAUAUUUUCUGAAUCUAAUCAAUUAUGUUAUGACCAAAGUUUUGAAAGAAAAGUAUGGCACUGAGAUUGAAGCUGAUCUGAAUGACUUCCGACUUGUCAAUCGGGCUGAAGAAGAAUCUGGCAGAUUAUCCGAUCUUACUUUCAUCUAUGAGGACCUUGAUCAAAAAAUGCUGUCUGAGCAAGAAUAUUUUGAGUUGAGAAAACGAUCACUGGAAAAGGAAUGGGAUGCUGUUUGUUUUGAGUUCGAUAAAGUUGUGAACUAUGUUCGUGUUCAAAUUCUGGGUGAAAAUAGCUAUGCCAUGAAAGAUAAUGAAAUUAUAGCUAAUGUACGGCAGUCUGUUUCGGAUUUAAAUGAUACAGUCAGCCAAAACUUCAGCGAACUCCGGCACCUGAUCGAGCAUAUAACACCAAAAUUAGAACUGUACAAUUGUCCUGCUGAUGCCAGUAUGAUUACUUCUAGCAACCAAAUAUUAGAUCUCAGGCAAUUUUCUAAUGACUGUGACAUGAAUAAAUAUUUUUCUCGUGGGUGCUUCAACUUGGAGUUGGUAAGCAAGGAUGUGGACAAAUUUGUUAAAAACUUUGAUACUACCAUGAGGAAUUGGGCGUCUCUCAGCGAAUGCCAAAACUUGUCAUCCCACUUAAACUUCUUGAAUCAAGAAAUUGAGAAAUUGAUUAUAAAAAUUCGUGAAUCGAUGGACAACUUAAAUCAAGAAAAAGAGUCGCUGUUAGCAGCAGUUAAUGCAAAACGUCAUCAGCUAUUAAAAACUGCCCAGGUGCAAGAAAGGCGCAAUUGGUUUGCUGCUAAAAUACCUUUAAAUUUUCCUAAAAUUAAGUUUGCCUUUGGUGAUGUUUCAAGAGAUAAUCUUAUUGAUUAUUAUUCGGAAGCCGACAUUACAGCUUCACCGGUCAUCGACACGACUCCCCCUGAUAAUUUUUACAAUCGAACCAUGAGAAAUCACGCAUUUGAUUGGUCAUUCCACGCCUUAGAUAUCAGCCGUUUCUCUUAUGUACCUCCUACUGCACCAGAAAGGCCACUUCUUUCACCUUUACGAGAAGAGUCUUCAAUCAGAUCAUUAUCCAGUCAUAACUCAUCUUAUAAUAUUGACACUGUUUUACUCUGAAAGUUGACCCAAGAAACCCUUUACAAGCAUGCAUUACACUUUGAUCAACUCAUUGUUAUAUUAUUAUCGAAACGUCUUUUCUUUAUUUAAAGCUAAUUUCGAAGAAAGAACCUGUUUUGCUAAAUAUACUUGCAGAUAUUUUUAAGUCGACUA